AUGGAUGGAUCGACGAGUGUGGAAGAGCUGAGAAGGCAGCUGCGAGAGGCAGAGCAACGCGCAGAAAGAGAGCGACAACGCGCUGACGCGUUAGAACGACAAACUCAACCCACUACAAUUAUCGAAUACAUCGCUGCCUUGCAUGAUUUGGUUUUCUCCCGUUUCGAAAUUGAACAGGACCGGAAACUGACCUCGAAGGGAUCCAUCACCAACCCGCGAAACAAAUGGUGUCCCACGCGUAUCCAGCCAUGGUCCGACUUUAUUCAGCAGCAGAGAAUAACAUUCGGCACAAUCUACGACACCUUCCCUGCCGAUAGCCGUGUUUUUGAGAAUCGAGCCUUCCUCACCGGCUUAGGAAAAAGAAUUUCGGGGCGCAGGAUAUCAGACGAGAAGACGCUCGAAUCGUUCCUCCACAUCAGUGUCGAGGAUCCAGUCAGAGCGAUCAUAGACCAGCUCAGGGAGGUGGAAGAAGUUAGAAGCGCGUUCGACCUGGGAAAUGGGAUAAUUUUUGAGAACCAUGCACACGCCAUCAGCGAUGUUGCAGAUGAGGUCGUCUACCGCGACACCCCAUCGACACCACCGGCUACUCCAAACCACAGUCUCGACCUCAAUCGGCUACGACCCGAUCAGAUCUGUGUCUACCGAUCCGACAACGCGGGCUUCGAAAGACGCACAAUGAUCUACAUCUCCGAGUACAAACCGCCCCACAAGCUAACCGCGCCGCACCUUCGCCUUGGUCUACGCCCGAUGAAUAUUUACACGGAAGUGGUCAACCGGAAGACCAUCCCGACGUCGGUGGACCUAGACGCGCGUUUCCAGUAUCACGCCGAAAGACUGACUGCAGCCGCGAUUACGCAA